UGAGUCUUUUCCUCUCUCGUCCUCUCUUUUUCUCGUGCACACACUCACUCACGCGCGCACUGUGGGAACGAUGCCUGGCAGCCACGAACCAGCGCCACCUCCGCGUCUGACCGGGAGUUGAGGACGUCACCGAAGUGACCGAAGAGGAGAUCAACUUGUACGUGUGUGUACAUGUGCGUCUAGGUGCACGUGCCGCGCGCCCUUGUCCCUGGUCCGGGACACCGACGUCUGAGAAGAUGCUGAGCCGCCUGAUGAGCAGCAGCAUCAGGAGUCUGGACAGGGAGUGUAACUGCACCGUGAGGCUGCUGGACGACUCGGAGUACACCUGCACCAUCCAGCGAGAUGCCAAAGGACAGUACCUGUUUGACCUCAUCUGCCAUCACCUCAACCUGUUGGAGAGGGAUUAUUUUGGCAUCAGAUAUGUUGACCCCGACAAACAGAGGCACUGGUUGGAGUUUUCAAAAUCAAUUGCCAAACAGUUAAAAUCCCAGCCGCCCUUCACCAUGUGUUUACGGGUGAAGUUCUACCCACCUGACCCUGCUGCCCUGAAGGAGGAGAUCACCAGAUAUCUGGUCUUCCUUCAAGUUAAGAGAGAUCUCUACCACGGCCGCCUCCUGUGUAAGACCUCCGACGCCGCCCUGCUGGCUGCCUACAUCUUACAAGCUGAGAUCGGAGACUACGACCCUGGGAAACAUCCGGAAGGUUACUGCUCCAAGUUCCAGUUCUUCCCAAAACAUUCAGAGAGGCUGGAGCGGAGGAUCGCCGACAUCCACAAGACAGAGCUGAUAGGUCAGAGUCCUGAGACGUCGGAGCUCAACUUCCUGCAGAAGGCUCAGCUGCUGGAGACGUACGGAGUCGACCCUCACCCGUGCAAGGAUGUUUCUGGAAACCCAGCUUUUCUGGCUUUCACUCCUUUUGGCUUCACUGUGCUGCAAGGAAACAGGAGGGUCCAUUUACUCACCUGGGAGGAAGUGACCAAACUCAAGUUUGAAGCAAAGACAUUCCAUAUAUAUGCAAAUCAGCAGGAGGACAAGAAGAUCAUACUGACCUACUUUGCACCGACACCUGAGGCCUGUAAACAUCUGUGGAAGUGUGGAGUUGAAAAUCAGGCUUUCUUCAAGUUGGAGAAGUCGAGUCAAGUCCGCACCGUGUCCAGUAGUAACCUCUUCUUCAAGGGCAGUCGCUUCAGAUACAGUGGAAAGGUUGCGAAGGAGGUCAUGGAACAAAGUGCCAAAAUUAAAAGAGAUCCUCCUGAAAUCCACAGGGCCGGCAUGGUGCCGAGUCGGAGCUGUCCGUCAAUCACCCACGGACCUCGUCUGACCAGUGUGCCGAGAACCAGACGGAGAGCUGUUCACAUUUCCAUCAUGGAAGGUCUGGAGUCGCUCAGAGACAGCGCUCACUCUACGCCCGUGCGCUCCGUCUCACACGGCGGUUCCUUCAUGGGUUCGCGAGGCCACCUGGUGGACGGCAGUGAAGCGAGUGCGUCGGCGGUCAUCUCCGAGGAGGCCUACAGCCCCUCGAACAGCGUGCUGCCUACGCCUGUGGCCGAGCACGGCGUGGAUGCGCCCGCGGGUCGCCACCUCAACGGCUCCCCCUGCAGCAUCGAUGAGGAACAGAAUCCAGGAGCACGGACUUUAAAGGAAGGGCAGGCGGCGGACUUCAGGCUGGGCAGGAGAGCGCUGCGGAUGGUCAGGAGCCGGCAGUCCCCGCAGAGCAGCGCGGAGGAGCUGAACAAGUUCAUACUGAGCGUGUUACGUCUGCUGCUGGUCACCGUCGGACUGCUGUUCGUCCUGCUGCUGCUGCUCAUCAUGCUGACGGAGUCGGACCUGGACAUAGCCUUCCUCAGAGACAUCCGCAAGACGCCGGAGUUUCAACAGUUCCACUUUGAAUACUUCUGCCCUCUGCGCCGCUGGUUCGCCUGCAAGAUACAGUGGAUGGGAGGCUUUCUUAUCAGCAAGUGAAGCUCGCUGAGAGGAGCGCAGACUCUACAGCGUCGUAGUGGUGUCCACGAACAGAGCUGAGACCAGGACAGCAGGGAAAAGGUCAGAGAGAGAGAGAGAGAGAGAGAGGUGAAGGCAGCGGAGUUCCCACUGAGCUGCUCUUCACAAGGAGUUCAUGUCACCAGGCAGGAACAGCCACUUAAAGGCCUUUCCACAUCACUGAACGGAAAGAUCAUCUUUUUUUAACCAUCACAGACACGGAGCGGAAACAGACGGACAGGAUCCACCUGCUGGCCACCUUUAAUAAUGCCUUUAUUUUGUGUCAUUCGUGCCGCGCCAUCUAAGACAGUAUAGGGUUAGAGAGUCGACUGCUCUGGUCAUGUGGUCACGGUUUAUGGUCGACCCCCAAACCAAAUAUAUUUAUAGAUAACACGUUUAUUAUUAACUGCCAAAAAAAACAACUGAAUUCACUCUCUGCUCCUCGAAGGUCAGAGGUCAGAGUAGGGAACGCCUUAGCCACCUAUCAGUCUACUGAAUGUUUAUCAGCUUCAUUUUUUUAAUCCAGGGUCAUGUCACACUGGCGCCCUCACCAGGUGAGGAUGGCCUUGACCCUGGACAGUCCCCGGUCCAUCACAGGGACACAUGAAGAGACAAACGACCACCAACUAUCACACACACACACACACACGUCUCUCAUCAUCAGUGUCCAAACGAGCUCCUGUUUGAAUUUGGACUGUGAGAGGAAACCAGUCAUGAAGAUUCAAAGACAAGCGAUUGAACCAGCAACCACUAAGUCAAUGUCAAUAUCAGUAAUAACCUAUAAAUAGAAUCAGAACUUUAAAAAGAUAUUUUAAAGGUCUGAUAAACAGUGUUUAGACCGUGAUCUAACUUGAAUGUAGUUCAAAUAUAUAUUUGUGGUUUCACCUGGUGCAGAUGUUCACCUGGUGCUGAUGUUCACCUGGUGCAGAUGUUCACCUGGCGCUGACCAGUAGGCAGAUCCAGAUCCAGAGGAGAUAAUCAAAGCACCGGCCAGACUUCUGUUACCUUUUUUUUUUUUUUUUUCAAAUUUUCUUUCAAACAUUUUUUGCAAACUGCACCUUAACCAUCAAAAAUGACUAGUUUCUAAUGAACUGUAUUAUUUGGUCAGUGCAGUCAUAGUAUGAGGUUAAAGGGGUUUUUAAAAAUUAUAUUAUAGUAAAUUAGGGCCCAGACUUGUCCAUGUGACCAGCGGGGACCGUCUGCACAGAGAGAUUAUAUUUAGAUCACGUCAGCGGUGUCAUCGUUACAGUUCAACUGUCCAAAGACGUAGAAACUUUAAUGAUCCUGACGAGUUAUCAGCUGUACAUUUGAGCCAAAAAGUGUUGUUUACAACCAGCUUCAAUCAUCACAGCUACCAAAGAAACCCUGGCGACAGACGGCGGUUUUUUUCAGACGUCAGUCUGCAGCCUCGACCAUUCAUUUUGAGCACACAAUUUCUGAAAAUGUUAGCAUUUAUUUUAAACGACUUCUAACUAAAGCUAACCAAUCAGCCUUCUUGAUCCUGAAGUGUUUUUUUCUAACAGGAUCAGUAAUAAAAAUCAGGCAUAUUUUUUUUAUUUUUACCUUCUUUUCAUUUCAACUGAUCAGAGCAGAAUGGUUCGUUCAAAGACGAAGAUUAAAAAAAGGUCAUUUCUUGAGAGGGCUAAGAAUUUAGAACAAAAGGUUAAAAUUGUUAUUACCUUCAGGAUGAAUUAGGUCAUCAAUGACCUCUACUGAAUAUUCAACCGUGCAUCAACACCUUUUAAACCAACACUAAUUUAUGUUUUUAUUUAUACGUGGACGGUUGGAAAAUGUAUUUAUUGGUAGAUUAAUUAAACAAUAAUAAUUGGAAUUUUUCACAAAUGAAAAAUAAUUAAAAAAUGAUGAAUUUUGAUGAUGAAUGAAUGUCAGUUAUUCUUCAAUCACUUUUGCAGAAACUCAUAUGUGGUGUUAUUUUCAUACAGGCAAAGAGAACAUGAAUGUUUGUACUGUUAGCCUCGGCUAACUGUAAAGACCGAUUGGAGAAUGCAAAUGUAAACAAAGUUCAAUUGGAGCAAUAAAUCUUUGAAUGUAAUUAAACACAGAUUUUUUUUGUAUUAAACAUUUGAGUGUAACCUGCCUGUAGAUGGCAGUGUGACACACUGUAUGUAAACCUGGUUAAAGCUGGCUCUAGUUAUAACAAAAAAAAUAAUGUCAUGAUUAUAUGCAGGUGUUGUUCUGUGGUUGGCUCCUCUGGGUCAGUAACACUCAGUAUAUUUUGUAUGGAGCGAGUUCAGAAAAAAUGCCAUCAAUGUUCAGUUUUUUUUAUUUGACCUUAAACUAGACGAAGCAGCAGACGUAGCAAAGCCAACCAGCGACUCUGUUCACGUGAAGCCGUUUGUUUGUUUCUCCUGUUUCCACCAACAGCCUUUUCUCCUGGUCACUUGUACAAACUAGUUUUAAGCCUUAGAAGCAUUUAUUUGUGUAAACUGCUUCCUGUACCACAACCCCCUCCCCGACCCCCCCCCUCCACAUGGAUAUGUCACUGUACGCAUGUGUACGCUCUGUAUUUAUUACCUCCGACAAAGCUGCUCAUUUCUGACCACUGACUGAACACUGCAGUUAUUAUGAAUAAAUAUUAUCUAUUCUUGACAACCAGCAGCUUCUUCUGCCUUUUGACCUUUGACCUGAGGACUCAUCAAUGACCUCUGCUCCACACCUCGGACAGCUCACUCAACUGUACUGUAAAUACACUACUGCCAUCUUGUGGUGCCAUAACUACUGAGAGUACAGAUACCUUGAAAAGGAGCUUUAUGUAUUUAUUUAUUUAAUUAUUCCACAGGGUACAAAAAAAAGAUAAGGUAAUAAAGGCGCAGACAUGUCAAGUAGAACGUGAAACUAAAUACAUUCAAUAGUCCUAAAUAUAUUCCCAGAAGGAGAGAGAGAGAGAACGUGGAUGAAGUUUAUAAUAAAACGGCCAAAAUUCAACCAAACUGUUACAGUUGACACCUUUCUGUUCAAAUGAGAGUCUGGUUAUGGAUCAAAAAAUGAUUGGUAGAAACUGGCAGGUACAAAGUUAGAGGUCAACAUGAUAACAACCCCAUUCAUGAAGCCACAGGGACAAAAGAGGCUCAACC